GGCGCACUUAAGAAUCCAAAAUGUCGAAAAUGCCGGCAAAGAAGAGAAGCUGUUUCCAGAUCACGAGUGUGACACAGGCUCAGGUGGCGGCCAGCAGCAUCACAGAUGACACGGAAAGUCUUGACGACCCAGACGAAUCUAGGACCGAAGACGUGUCCUCCGAGAUACUGGACGCUUCCAGGGAUUUUGAGACUGAGGUAUGCGACAUUAGUUCAUCAGAAGAGACUUUAAACAGUGUAGCGGAGAAUGAGACACCGGGCGUCGUAGCGUCGCAUAUACAUACGGAUGGUCAUCAUGUAACCGGAAUAGGUCCACCAAAUGGGGGUUUUGUGCAUAGAAACACAACCGCUAUGAAUGCCAGUACUCAUAUUGUGGGAGGGAGCGGGCUGGUGGGCCAAGCAGCCACUUACUCCGGAUCCGUACAGCAACAGCAGUCCGCAACAGUCACUGCUAGUUUCGCUGCUAAUGUGUCGUCAAGCACGUCGCAGACAGCCCCGUCUGCCGCGAGCUCCACAACUACCAGCUGCAGUUCACGUUUCAGGGUCAUAAAACUUGAUCAUGGUACAGGUGAGCCUUACAAGAGGGGCAGGUGGACAUGCACGGAAUUCUAUGAGAAAGACACAGAGGGUUCAAUUUCUAGUCGGACUGUAGAUAGCAUAAAACAUGCUGUUACCUCAGACCACAACGUGGAAAGAGAUAGUGGGAUUGGUUUAACAGGGAGUUCAAUAACUGCUCCUGGUAGUCAUGCAGCACUAGUGACAGAGUCUGCUCCUGGUAGUGGUUAUGUUACUGGUUCUCAUGUGGGACCAGCUGAGCUUCAACAGCAGAGUUACGGAAUCUCGCAACCAGGACUGGGGCCAGGCCCCCAAACACUUCAGCCCCCGGGGCACAAUGGCGUGCACCAGGGUGUCACCAUGCAACAUGUAAAAUCUCCCAGCAUGCCUCCUUCUACGCAGUCUCAGCAGUUCUAUCCCGGUCAACAGACGCAACAGCCUGGUCACAGCAUUCCCUCUAUGAUACAGUCAAAUCAACCAGACUACAGACAGCAACAUCAGCCUUCAGGGUCCACAUCACAGACCCUGUCAGUGACCUCUCACCCUGUAGGGGCCCCUCACAGCCAGGGCCCAUCACCUGUCAUGACCCCGGCUGCCGCAGGCACUCUUAUCCCGGGGCUUGGAAACCAGCCUGCGGAAACCCCAGGGCCUGUGGGCAUGAUGCAGCCAACGAAUAAGCCCACUCUGACUCACCAACAUUCAGGCACUGGGGUAGGGGUCGGGGCUGCGUUGCCAAGGCAGCCCGUUGGGCAGCACCAGCCCGCCACGUCCGCGCCCAUCACCCAGCACGGAGUGGUCUCUGGUGUGAAAAAUGUGCCUGCUGCUUUACCCAGUGCCUCAAACACGCCCCAGAGCAUGCCAAACCAGACCCAGGGUCCUGGCACGCAGGUCCAUCACAGCCAGCCCCGGUCGGGGUCCGUGGCAGGGCUUGGGGUGCAAGGUCUCCCCACCAGCUUCAGCCAACAACCCCCUGCUAUGGUCAAUCAGGCCGAGGAGAACCAGAGGAAGCCCGAUGCCCUACCUCAGCCCUCCGUUAUGGCAGGAAAAGAUGCCGCAAAACCCCUGAUUCCUGAAAGCCUGCAGCUCGCUACACCUGCUGUGAACAGCUUGUUUGGAAUAUCUAUCCCAGUUGAUGGGGAGGAGGACAGUGCCUCUGGAGCCAGUGUUGUGGCCAUCGACAACAAGAUAGAGCAGGCAAUGGAUCUGGUGAAAAGCCAUUUAAUGUAUGCAGUGCGGGAGGAGGUGGAGGUGUUGAAGGAGCAGAUUAAGGAGCUGUAUGAAAGGAACUCUGUGUUGGAGCGGGAGAACGCCGUGUUGAAAUCACUGGCCAACAGCGAACAGCUCGGUCAGCUGUCCGCCCAGCUCAGCAACCCCGGUAACACGUCUCCCCAGCAGCAAGCCACGGGCAGCGCGGUCCCGCAGGACGCCAGUCAACCCGCGGUCCUGCCUCAGCAACCCAACGUCUCCUCAGCGUGAUG